GUUUUUAUUUCAAUCAUCCUUUUUCCUUUUCCUUCUAUUGUGCUUUAACAGAAUGUCAAGUAUGCAAAUUGAUAAUAACGAACAGACCAUUGAUGAAGGAUUGUAUUCUCGUCAACUUUAUGUGUUGGGUCAUGAAGCCAUGAAGAAGAUGAGCGUAGCCCAUGUUUUGGUCAUCGGUCUCAACGGUCUCGGUGUUGAAAUUGCCAAGAAUGUCGUUUUGGCUGGUGUCAAGAGUGUCACUCUUUAUGACCCCACACCUGUCAAAGGUUCUGACCUAUCUGCUCAGUUCUAUUUGACAGAACAAGAUAUUGGUCAACCUCGUGCUAAAGUCAGCCAACCUAAACUUGCUGAAUUGAAUCAAUAUGUACCCGUUCACCUUUUGGAAGGCGAUUUAUCAGAAGAAGUUUUGAAAAAAUAUAAAGUGGUUGUCAUUACUGAUUUAGCCUAUUCAAAACAACUUGAGAUUUCUGAAAUUUGUCACGCCAACAAUAUUCACUUCAUUACCACCGAAGUUCGCGGUCUUUUUGGUCGUAUCUUCAACGAUUUUGGUAAAAAUUUCGAAAUUAUUGAUACCAACGGCGAGGAACCUUUGCAGGGCAUGAUCGCAAGCAUUUCAAAGGAAGAGGAAGGUAUCGUUACUUGUUUGGAUGAGGUUAGACAUGGUUUGGAAGACGGUGACUAUGUUACUUUCAAGGAAGUCCAGGGCAUGGAUGAGUUGAAUGAUAUAGCACCUGUUAAAGUCAAAGUACUCGGCCCUUACAGCUUUAGCAUUGGAGAUACAACCAAAUUUGGUGACUACACUAAUGGCGGUCUUUUCUAUCAAGUCAAAGUGCCCAAAUAUGUUGAUUUUAAAUCACUCAAAGAGUCAUUACCCAAACCAGAAUGUUUGGUUUCUGAUUUUGCAAAGUUCGAUCGUCCCUUACAAUUACAUCUUGCCUUCCAAGCUUUAGCAGAGUUUGUCGAAAAGAAUGGUCGUUAUCCUAAGCCUAGAAAUGAAGAAGAUGCCACUACAGUUUAUGAAAGAACCAAAGAACUUCUUUCUACUGUAGAAGAAAAGCCUGAUUUAGACGAAAAGCUAAUCAAAGAGCUCGCUUACCAAUCGGCUGGUGAGUUAUCACCCAUGGUCGCCGUUUUUGGCGGUUUAGCUGCUCAAGAAGUCCUAAAGGCUGUCAGUGGCAAGUUCAACCCCAUUUAUCAAUAUAUGUACUUUGAUGCUCUUGAAGCUCUCCCUACCAGCGUCAAGUUAAGCGAGGAACUUUGUACCCCCAUUGGCUCUCGUUAUGAUGGCCAAAUUGCUGUCUUUGGUAAAGAAUUCCAAGAAAAGAUCGCUGGUACUAAAGAGUUCCUUGUCGGAGCAGGUGCUAUUGGCUGUGAAAUGCUCAAGAAUUGGUCAAUGAUGGGUUUGGGUACUGGCCCUAAAGGUCAUAUCACCAUCACAGAUAUGGAUACUAUCGAAAAGAGCAACCUUAACAGGCAAUUCUUGUUCAGAGCUUCUGAUGUCGGGAAACUGAAAUCAGAGUGUGCCUCUGCCGCUGUCACUAAAAUGAAUCCUGACUUAUCUGGAAAAAUCACUAUCCACCAAGAGCGUGUCGGCCCUGAGACUGAGAAUAUUUAUGAUGAUGACUUCUUCGAGGCAUUGGACGGUGUUACUAAUGCACUUGAUAAUGUAGAAGCUCGUAAAUAUAUGGAUAGAAGAUGUGUUUAUUACCGCAAACCUCUUUUGGAGUCCGGUACUCUAGGAACAAAGGGUAAUACACAAGUUAUCAUUCCCUUCUUAACCGAAUCCUACUCCUCUUCUCAAGAUCCUCCUGAGAAGUCUAUUCCUAUCUGUACAUUGAAGAACUUCCCCAAUGCUAUCGAACAUACCAUACAAUGGGCCCGUGAUUUGUUCGAAGGUGUAUUUAAGCAACCUGCUGAUAAUGCUAAUUUGUACUUGACACAACCCAACUUCGUUGAAGCUACUCUCAAACAAGGCGGCACAAGCAAGGAAACCAUUGAAGGUGUUCUCGACUGCUUGACAGCAGGAAGACCCUCUUCUUUCGCUGACUGUAUUGCUUGGGCUCGUUUGAAGUUUGAAGAAAUGUUCAGCAACAACAUUCGUCAACUUUUAUUCAAUUUCCCUCCUGAUGCUGUCACAUCUACCGGUCAGUUGUUCUGGUCUGGCCCCAAGCGUGUUCCUACACCACUUACAUUUGAUGUUAAUAACCGUGCUCAUCUUGAUUUUGUCAUGGAUGCUGCCAAUUUGCAUGCUUUUAACUAUGGCAUUGAAGAAAAUAUGGAUGAAUCAUACUUCCGUAAAGAGCUCGAAAAUGUCGUAGUUCCUGAUUUCAAGCCUAAGGAAGGUGUUAAGAUUCAAGUUCAAGAAAAUGAAACAGUCGAGAAUGAUAACAACGUUGACAGUUUAGAUGAAACCAUUGCCAAAUUGCCGUCUCCCUCUUCCUUUGGCAACUUCCGUAUGCGCCCUGCAGAAUUUGAAAAAGAUGAUGACUCUAACCACCACAUCGAUUUUAUCACCGCUGCUUCCAAUUUACGUGCCAUGAACUACGGUAUUACACCUGUUGAUCGUUACAAAACCAAGUUUAUCGCUGGUAAAAUUAUCCCUGCUAUUGCUACAACUACGGCCAUGGUUACUGGUUUAGUCUGUCUUGAGUUGUACAAGAUUAUUGAUGGCAAAAAUGAUAUUGAGCAAUACAAGAACGGCUUCGUCAAUUUGGCUUUGCCCUUCUUUGGUUUCUCUGAACCCAUUGCUAUGCCCACACUAGAAUAUAACGGUGUCAAAUUCAGUUUAUGGGAUCGUUUUGAUAUUGAAGGUGAUAUUACUUUACAAGAAUUUAUCGACUAUUUCCAAAAUGAGCAUAAAUUGGAGGUUACCAUGGUCUCAUCCGGAGUCUCUAUGCUCUACUCAUUCUUUAUGAAUAAGAAAAAGGCAGCUGAAAGAUUGAACAUGAAGCUUUCUCAAGUCGUCGAAAGCGUUUCUAAAAAGCCUAUUCCACCUCACGUCAAAUCUCUUAUUUUCGAAGUUUGUGUAAACGAUGAAAAUGAUGAAGACGUCGAUGUACCUUAUGUCAGAGUAAAAAUCAGAGAGUAAAUGAAGGAGAUCUAAGAAAAAGGUUUCCUCUUACUAUAUUUUAGAUAUUUUGAAGUACACAUCAUUAUUUUUUACUUAUUCCAUAUUUUUCAUUGCUCAAGUGUAUACUUCUCCCCAUUUCACGACCCGUCUAAAUAAACGAGAAAAUCAUUUUUUGCAAACGCCU